GUUUCUGUCUGCUGUUUGUGACUCCUUUUAGUUUAGUUUGAACCGUAUAUGCAUAUAUAAAUACACCCACAACCACAUGUAUUUGAUUGCUAGUUGAAAGCUGCAGUCGAUAAUUUAAGACACGGGUUCAUGUUUCGAUGAUUCAAAGUGGUAUUUGCUUGAUUAGAUUCUCUAGCUUCUCUAAUAGUUUAUUUCUUUUAUUCUUAGUUCCAUACUAAGGCCCUUAUUGGUACAAUAUUCUUGUAUGAUGGAGGGCAUUAAAUCUUUUAGAUUUCCUGAGGUAUCUAGGGAUGGAGUUCCAUGCUAACACUAACACAUGCGCACACACACACACACACCUCUUAUUGGAUUGAAUUUUUUCAGAUUUUUGCAGCUCAUAAUACAAAAUAAUGAAAUGCAAUUGAUACGGAAAAUCAAAGAUGUUACAAAUGCGAAGAUGACAAAAACCUGAACCAUUAUUUAAAAAUAAUGGCUUAGAUAUGAAGAAUUUCAGUACCCUGUAGUGGUGCUGGGAGAUCUAGAGGAUCGUAGUCCUAUUCGAGCCAUCAUGGAUUUUGAUGUGAGAGUUGUAAAGAAAGAGGCUGAUGAUGAGUAUGAUAUUAGAUUGGAAAGACGGUUGAAAAGAAGGUGCAUUGCCAAUAAAAAGUUCUCUAGCAAUUAUGUGAAGAAAACUAGAAACAUGAGUAUUAAAAUUGAAGAUACACCCUUGGACGUGGAUGUGCCUGAUGAGGACCAUGCAGAAUUUUUGAAAUAUUUGUCUGGGAAUAAUUGUGACGGGGACAAUGAGGCAGAUGUUUUAGCUAGGUGUUUGUAUGAUGGUCACAGCGAUAUCAGAACGGACAGAGAUGAUGACCAAUAUGUAGAUCUGCCAGACAAUUUGUGCUUGAUUGAUGAUGAUGUACCCAUGGAUGUGGAUGAGAAUGACGAGGACUAUGCAGUAUUUUUAAAUUGUCUUGUUCGGAAUAUUGAUGAUAAUAAUGAUGGAGAUGUAAGUGGUAGGUGUUCAGAUGAUGACAAUGAGAAUGUCAAAAAUGUAGAAGAGGAUGAUCAAGAUGGAGAUCCAGAGCAUGACAUGUGCAUGGACGACGAUCAUGAUGAUCUGGAUCCUGAGUAUAAGAUUUUCUUGGAAAAUUUGAGGGAAGAUGGACAAUCAUAUGUACUUGAAGUUGUUACAAACAAUGGGAUGUCGAUGGUUGUAAAGUAUGAAGGAGAAAAAGGGUUGUCCGAUGGCCUCGUGUUAGACCCUCAAGGAACUUCGAACAGUUGGCAGAGAGAUGAGACUGAAACUGCAAAUGGACAUAUUUCUAAUAUGAGAGAAUCGAAUAUGACUGAUGAAGACUACCAGGAAUUUCUGAGUUGUCUUAGGAAUGAUGGUGAAAAUAUUGUAUAUACCCUUGAAAGUGGCAUACCAUUAAAAUAUGAGGAGGAUGCAGAGUGUUCAGAUGAUUUAGAAAUAGUUGGAACAGACAAAGAUCCAUUUUCUAAUGGAUACUUCACUCCAUUCGUAGCUUCUAAAUUGGAUUCAAUUAUCGAUCUAGAUGCCAAGACAUCCAAUGGAAGUCUUGGUAGUUAUGGCGAUUCUCAGUUUAGGAAGAGGCUUAUGGAGAUUCUUAGAAGUCCCUACAAUGCAAAUGAGUAUGAAUACCUUCUACAUGAAGUAUCUCGCAGAAGGCAAACGGAACGUAACCGAGAAUUGCGUAAUGGGACAAAAUCAUAUACAUUAGAUUCUGUCGCUAAGUCUUAUCUUGAUCAACACCAUGACUUUGCAAGAGAGAUCAUUUCAGUCGAACACGAUCGACGUAGAGUUUUGAAUCUGUUACGUGGAUUUUUCUUUUGGUUGCAAAAUUUGGUUCAGAAAGGAGCAUUCCAGCCUUGGAAGGACUCAUCAUGUUUGAAUAUAUUGCCAGAAAUGUAACUAGGAAUUUCUCGUCGAGUUCUAUUAUCAAUAUGUUAACAUCGCAAAGUAAGUCCAUCCGACUUGGGUUGUUGUAGUAGAGGCCAAAUGUGUCCUUUGGCUUCUAGAUGCAUAGUUGUCUAUAUGGAAGUUGGAGGGUUUGUCGUCCUUCCACUGUCAAUGUUAUUGAGUUCCAGGAUUACCCAAAAGUGUUGUGUUUAAAGCUUGUAAUGUAAUGCUGUAUAUAGUUAAUUAAUGUGUUUUAUGCAGGUUAAGGUAA